AUGCUCGUCAUUGAUGGUAAUGUAACAACGCCUCCAUAUAAACACAUACCCAUCCGUCACCACACCAUCACAUUGGAUUACGCGCAGCUUUAUUUUCGUCCAGAGCCAACUAGUGGCCCCAUACCGCAGCAGUAUCAACAGUACCAGAAGUACCAACAGUAUCAGAAGUAUCAGCAUCAACCGUACCAGCAGAAGUAUUCACAGUAUCAGCAGUUGCCACAGCAUUACAACUACUACAACUACAACUACAAUCAUAAUUAUAAUAUCACCAGUUCACGCUCCACACCGACCCAUUCGCCCGCUCCCUCAUAUACACAUCUCCAUCAACACUCACAUCAUCAACAACAUCAUCUGCAACAACAACAACUACUUAUACAACAACAUCAAUUACAACAGCAACAACUACAACUACAAAAGCAACAACAACAACAGCUGCAACAGCAGCAGCUGCAGCAACAACAAUCGCUGUCCCAGCAGCAGGCACAACAGGCGUGCAACUAUUAUACGGCGCCGCCGCCACCAACCACCAACACCAGUUCGAACCACCACACGCCGAGUCAUCACAGUUCGACCUAUAGCGCAUACGGAUCGUACGGUUCGUACGGCGGCGGUACAUACGGCGGCGCUUAUCUCGGCACGAGCGGCAGCGAUAGCGGCGUAGGCGGUCUUACACCCAUCGGCCGCAACUAUCGCUGGUAUCACUCGAGCGGCAGCGGCGGUAGUGGCAGCAUCAGCGGUAGUGUUGGCAGCAAUUACCUUACUGCCGGCUCACUUGGCGCCACAUACGGACGCACGUCGCCAGCCGCGCUUGCACACGCGCGCCCCUUGCUCGCCUCCACAUCGACAGCGGCCAGCAGCAGCGCUGGUGGUUGUGUUGCCAGCAGCGGCGCAUACGGUUUGGGACUUGGCCUGGGUUUGGGCCUCGAUCUCGAUACCAGUGACUACGAAUACGAACGCGCGUCGCUACACUCUGGCGCUUACGCAUACAAAUCGUCGUCAUCGCGACGUGGCAGCAGUCUUGCUGCCGAUUAUCUAUUGGACGUUGCAGCACGUUGCAGCGUACCAUCGCCGGCACUUGAGGCCGAGCCGGAUACUGAUCUUGAACUUGAUCUUGAUCUCGAUCUCGACGUGGGCGUCGGCGUCGGUGUUGACGUUAACGACGUUGACCACAUUGGUCACGACAUUGGCUUGGGCCUUAACGUCGAGGAUCUUGAAGAUCUUGAUAUCCCGGUACCAGAACCGGAACCCGAGGCGGACGUACACGACGAACUUGUGCGCGCACUCGAACUUGAACUCGAUUGGGGUCUUGACUACAACACCGCCACCACCACCACUACCACCCAUCUCAAUCUCGAACUCGACAGCAGUACCGAUCUCGUCGGACUCGACGACAUCGAUAUUGACGAAGAAGAAGAGCCGAUACUAUCGCCUGUGCUCAAUCGGUCAUUGCGUCCAUUCACCUAUCCGGCGCUUACGAUCACAGCACCAGAGAAUAGUAUCGCAAGCGAAUCACCAAUACCUGUGGCGACACCGCCACCGACACCGACGGAUUUUCUAUAUCCGCAGUUGUCCGUACACAGCAACAAAACGUCACCUCAACAGCAACAACCACAACUACAGCAACACCAGCAGCUGCAACAACAACAACAGCAGCCACAACAACAAUUCCAGCAUCAACCACAACACUACCACCACCAACAACGUACAACGACGACACGUUUACCGCAACACGACGACAGUUGCGAGGAGUUCAAUAACAUUACCGACGAUCCGACGUCCUGCGUCGGCCAAAAAAGAAUGAUGGUUAGCCGUUUGUGGAACAGUUGUUUCCCCAAAUUCACGCCGGAGCAUGUGCACCGGCACAAUUUCUACCUGUGUCAGUGGCAACGCAACACCCAAGUGCGCAUAGUGUAUCUUUUUUACCGUUGGCUAACGGCAAUUACCUGCCUCGCCGCACUCGUUUGCUCGCUACUCGACAUCGGUCGCACCGAAGAGCACUUCGAGAAUCAUUAUGCAAAAUGGUGGAUCUACUUGACACAUUGGGGUCUGCUCUUUUGUACGGUGCAAGCUUGGUUGGCGGCGUGGAUUGUAACGCAGGGCAUGAUGGUGGAACGUGAGGAUUUCGAGGUUGUGCGUCAGGUGCGCAAGAGCCGCCUGCAUCAUAUCUACUGGGUGCUCUACACAUGCGCCACCGUGUACUCGUUCAUAAUAACGAUGUGCUAUUGGCUGUUGGUGCACGAUCCAGAAAUCCACAAAAUAGAUGCUUUAAAUAUAAUGGUGCAUGUGUUCAAUUCGGUGAUUAUGCUCAUCGAUUUAGCUAUUGUCGGACAUCCGAUUAAAUUGAGUCAUGUCUACUUUACGACCGGCAUCGGCUUGGCCUACGGCAUAUUUACGGGCAUAUAUUUCAUAGCUGGUGGCACAGAUAGAAAGAACAACGUCUACAUUUACCCGAUGCUGGACUGGACCAAACCGGGCAAGGCCAUAAUUGUCACCGUGUGUGCCAUAAUAUUCGUCGUUGUGGUGCAUUUCUGCUGCUAUCUGCUCUACCGCACGCGCGUCUGGCUCUUCACCAAGCUGUGCAUACGCGGCGCGCACAACCGCGACGGCGACAUGGGCGAGGGGCUGCACGACGAGUCCACGGCGCGUCUAGGCGGUGGCACUUCGCAGGAAUACUCACAUCAACAGCAAUAUCCGAUAUUGCAUUCCGAGCAACCGCGCAGCGCGCAUCACCAUCAUCAACACGGACAUCCGCAGCACACACAACAGCAACAAUAUCAGCAGCAACAGCAACAACAACAGCAGUACCAGCAACAGCCGAGCGGAAAUGUGCAAACGGUAGACAUGGUAAGCGGCAGCGGCGGUGGCGGCGGCGGCACACAGCAUACCACACCGCCUUACUAUCCGCAGUAUUCCGGCUAUCAGCAGCAGCCCGUUGUGGCGGGCGUGAAUGUCGGUGUGCUCAGCGCCGGCGGUUACUAUCAGCCGGAAAACAAUAAUCAAAAUAAACAGCAACAACAACAACAACACAAACAACAACAGCAGUCACAGCAGCAACAGGCACAACAGCAGUCGUCGCAGCAGCAGCAGCAACAAAAGCACUCCUCACCCGGAACUGGCAGCGCAUCCGGCUUAAGUCGCACCGUCGCCCACUUGGAUGCGGCACAGCGUGAGCAAUUCCUGAAUCCAAACAAGAUUGUGGAAUAUAAGAUGUAAAGGCGUUGUACCCGGCACCGAUAUACGUUCCACUUGUCUAUGAAAUUCUUGGAGAAACACUGUGCGCAAUGUCAGGCGGCCAAGCGACGCGCCGAGGCCGAAGCCGUCGCGGAAGCGCAUGCCAAGGCGGAAGCGCAAGCGGCCAUCGAAGCGGCGGAAAAGGCAGCAGCCGCAGCGCUCGAAGCAGCCGCCAAAGUCAAAUCCGAAUGCGCGAAAUGCUGUUGAGCGCGUCGCCGAUGCCAAUGCACUCCGCAGCUCCUAGACAUUGGCUACAACACAGGCGGCCGGCCAGUCUUGAUUCGUUAGCGUCACAGUGUGCCUGCGUUUUCGUAACUAUGUGUGUACAUGUGUGUUGUUGUUGUUGUGUGCGCACAUUGUUGUUGGUAUUAGGUUCAAUUUAACUACUAGACAGUGUUCAGUGGCUCCGUUGUUAUGGUGUCGGGUAUUGGCGUUUGCAUUUGAGGUAAACGAAACGGGCGUAUGUGCGAGCGCUAGAGAGGAACAGAGGACAAAGAAACGGAGAAUACGAAAAAAAGGAAAAAAAAAUGUUGAGGAAAACUGGAAAUUUUUUUAUGAAUACAAAUGCGGUAUGGGGCCUAUGGUGGGGUUGAAUAAUUUUUAUAAACAAAUAAACGUACAAGUUAGAGUUAAUGUAGAAAGCAGAGAGGGGUGGUUAGAGAGAGCAGAUGUUUAGAGACUUGUUUGCCGAUUCAUAUGUGUUCCUUUAAAAGCCGAGUUCGUAAUUAUUUCGUCUGUUAUAUACAGUUAUUUAUGAAUAUAGGUUAUUAUUUAGGUUAGAGAAAAAGUGAAAAAAUGGUUGCCGUAAGCUAUUACAAGGGAGAACCAUAGUGGAGCUUAUGGAGAAUGAGGUGCUCGAGAGUUGUAAAAAGACCACAAACGUAAAGGUUGGUAAAAAAAAGUUUAGAAAUAUUAACAUUAAAAUUUUCUAGAAAAUUUUGGUGCAAUUUAGUAAAAAAAAAUUAAUUUUUGAGUUACAAAAAUUUUUUAAAAAUUUUUUGGAAUUAUUAAAAUUAUAAAUUUUGUUUUAGAUUAUUUUUCUUUAAUUUAUUGAUUUAAGCUAUUUAAGAAAAUUUUUUAAAUUAAUUAAGUAGCACGAGCAAGCACAUAUCAGUAUUUUCGAAAGCAGUUGUUUUUAGAUAGAAUUAUCUUGCCCAUUUUGAUGCUUUAAAAAUAUUUUAAAUUUUUUUUUAGUAUUUUGAGGUUAGGAUUUUUUUUUACUUUUAGCGUGACAGUAUUUUAUUUAGUAUUUUGGUAUUAUGGUUUUAUUUUAGCAUGAUAAUAUUUUAUAUAGUUCUUUGGGUUAUAGUUUUUUUACCAGUAUUUUAUUAAAUAUUCCGAGGUUAUGAUUUUUUUUUUGAUUUCAGCUUUACAAUAUUUUAUUUUACAUCUUGAGGUUAUGAUUUUAUUAUUUUUAACCUGACAGUAUUUUAUUAAAUAUUUUGAGAUUAUGAUUUUUUUAUUUUUAACGUGCCAGUAUUUUAGUUAGUAUUUGAGGUUAUGAUAUUCUUUAGAAUUUUCUUUACUAAAGCUUAAUUAUUAGGAAAACAAA